UUAACGGUUAGGGUCCGUUCACACAGACCGGCUCGGAGAGCAUCGGCCUGCUUUUUUCUUUUCACACAGACCGGGUCGUAUACGCUUGGAAUUGGCCGGAGCGGAGCCGCCAACUAUUUCACAUCGACCGGCUGGAAGAGAUCUGAAAGCGGGUGCGGUUGGAUGUGCUCGGAGCCGGUCGGAUGCGCUCGGAGUCGGGUGGAUACACUACAAAGGCAGUGCCAGUAUUCCGCGCAGUCUAAGUUUUGUUUUCGGUGUGUUAACGUGUGCUUUUCGAAACAUGGAUUUAGAUAGCUCCGACGAAGAAAUAUAUUUGUUAGCAAGAUUACUUGAAAUAGAACAUAGGAAACGUAAGCGCAAGCGGAAACAAAUAUGGGUAAAACAUAUUUGGAAAAACAGACUAAUCCAUGGGGAGUUUCACACCAUUUUCGAGGAAUUGAAGAGAGAUAGCCUAAAAUUUUAUGAGUAUUAUCGUAUGGAAUAUUGGCAAUUUUUGAAAUUGACAGAUUUGUUAAGAGUACAUAUAACAAAAAAGACUACAAAUUAUCGUUGCACCAUUACAGCCGAAGAAAGGUUAACGGUAACUUUAAGAUUCCUCAUCACUGGUUGCAGUUUCAAAAACUUGUCAUUUAAUUUUCGAAUGGGAAUUUCUACAGUUCAUUCAAUUAUUCAUGAGACAAUCAGAGUAAUUUGUGAUGUUUUGAUGCCCAUAGUUAUGCAGAUGCCAGAUGAAGAAAUGUGGGAAAAGGUUUCACGUGAUUUCUUUAAUAUUUGGAAUUUUCCUAACUGUUUGGGCGCUAUAGACGGAAAGCAUGUCAAUAUACAGGCACCAGAUAAUAGUGGAAGCUUAUACUAUAAUUAUAAAAACUUUUUCAGUACAGUGUUACUAGCUGUGGUCGACGCGAAAUACAGUUUUUUAAUUGUUGAUGUCGGAUCAUAUGGUAAAAAUAGCGACGGCGGAAUUUUACAGAAUUCAAAAUUUUGGAAAAAACUCAACACCAAUAAGUUAAAGCUGCCCCCAAAUAAACCUCUACCUAGUACCACUGAAAGCUUACCACAUGUUUUUAUAGGAGACGAGGCAUUUCCUUUGAGCAAUAAUAUAUUGCGGCCGUAUCCAAGAGAACAAGCAAGAACAGAAUUAUCAAAAAAAGUAUUUAAUCUGCGUUUAAGCAGGGCAAGAAAAGUCGUAGAAUGUGCAUUUGGAAUGCUAACUCAAAGAUUUGAAAUUUAUCAAAAACGAAUGAAAAUUCAGCCGAAGUACUGUGAUUUAAUUAUAUUAGCAACUACAUGUUUACAUAAUUUUUUAAUAGAAAAUCGGACGCCAGGACAAGAGAAUGAAUUUCACAGCAAUAUAAAUUUAUUAACAGCAAUAACAGACAAUAAUAAUGAAAACAGUUCUAAUAGCGACGCAGUUCUAACCACAAGGAAUAAAUUUAAGGAUUAUUUUUCAUCAAGUGGUGCUUUAGAUUGGCAAGAUCAAGUGGCUACGCGAGUUUCUUAAGUUAUAUUUAAUAAAAAUUGUCUACUACAUAAGUAUAUUCUAACGAUCAGAUACUCAAACGAGUUUUUAAAGUAAGGGCGCAUUUAAACUCAUGUUAUUCCUAUUUUGACUUUGAAUCUAACACGUCGCAGCACGAGUUUAAGAAGCCCUUGCUUUAAAAUUCGUUUGAGUAUCUGGGGGUAGGUGUAAAACAAUGAAAACCUUACUUACCACUUAUUCCGAGACAUUUGCUAAUUUCCUCCCAUGCAUUGUCUUUCAUUAUCCGAUCGCUAUAUGAUGGCUUGGUUAUGUCAAAUAAACACUCAUAUUUUGA